GUAGGGAGUCACCGCCUGCCUGAAAGAUGUCUGUUCCCAAUAUCACUAUUUUAUUCAAUUUUUUCACUAUUCUUUCUUUCUCGCCAAUCUAGUCUUCACUCAUUUCACAGUCUGAUACAACUCCUAUUCCUCUCUCUCUCUGCUCAUCUGCCAUAUUUUCUCAUCAGUUUUUUCAGUUACCCUUUAAAUACUUGUCCAUCUUUUUCUCCAAUUCCCACUUCACCUUUUGUUUCUACUUUCACUUCUCUGUCCCCAAAAAUGGACUGUAAUAACCACAUAAAGCCAUCUCUAUCUCCAGAGGAACAGAACAUCGACAUGAUGUUAAUGAUGAUGAUGCAGCUCCCAGAAUUUUCAUCUUCAUCCAACGGUCACGAAUCCGUGGAGCCAUUUCCACCGUCAGAUCAUGAGUACUACAACUCGGCUAAUGCUUCCAACAACACACUUCCUCUUGCAGAUUUAAUCGAUAAUAACCCUCCUAAUCAAACUCCAUGGUCUUCAUCAUUUACCAAUUUACCCUUACAAGCAAGCACCACAAACACAAUCUCUUUCACUAACAACACCCCAUUAAUCCUUCAAGAAACCCCCCCAACGUUGUUUUCAAAUUAUCCGAACGAGGUUGUAACAAACCUUUACGGUACAGUGCCAUCAGAGAAACGAAACUCAAUGGCGGCGAUGAGGGAAAUGAUAUUCAGAAUAGCAGCGAUGCAACCAAUUUACAUAGACCCUGAAUCAGUGAAAGCACCAAAGAGAAGGAACGUGAAGAUUUCAAAGGAUCCACAGAGUGUUGCGGCACGACACAGAAGAGAAAGAAUAAGUGAAAGGAUAAGGAUAUUGCAGAGAAUGGUGCCAGGUGGAACUAAGAUGGAUACUGCAUCAAUGUUGGAUGAAGCUAUUCAUUAUGUUAAGUUUCUUAAGACACAGGUUCAGUCACUCAAGGAACGUGCUGCUGUUGCUGCAGGUAAUAAUAUUAAUAAUAAUAGAACAGUUUCAGGGAUAGGGUUCCCUGCUUCAAUGUCAAGUACUAGUACUUACCAAGCUCGCAGUCUUGAACAUUAUGGAGAUGCGUGACAAAUGUGAUCGAUUAAGGUUUCAUUCAUUUGUUAACAUGUAUAACUAUAACUAGCUACCUAGCUCAUCAAUUAAUCAAAUAAUACUACUCUCCGUGCUUUUAAAUUGUGAUGUGAUCGUGGUCACGGUUAUACGGUACGGUACACCUUUAUAUUACUAACAAAUGUGGAAUAAUGUCACCAAAAUGCAGUUAAAAAUAUUGUUAUUUUAAACCAAUUAGAAUCUCUAUAUUUCAAGGUUUAUCACUUUAGCCUAUUAUAUAGAGUAUUUUAUAUAAUUUUGUACCAAUUUUAUGUAUGUUAAUCGAUUAGCCUCGCCAAUUCAUCUUAAAUUCGUUUUAGUAUUUUAGAGUGAAAUUCUAGUUGUACUAAUUUGUUAUUAUCAAUAAUAAACGGAAUCUCUAAUGUUGCUCUUCCUCUUUUGUA